AUGUCGGCACUUGCACGAGAAUGCGUGUACGAGGACCUGGAUCUGAAGCGAGGCGUCCACGGAAAGAUAGACGACCUCUGUAAAGACGAUGUCCUUAUCGCCAGCGCGGCCAGCGCUCCGAUUCCUUCUCUGAUCUCUCAGAAUCUUAGGCACAAGAACAGGUUCAUCGUCUGUCACCCGGUUAAGAACCGUCCUCAAGAUCCGUCAAAAACUUUUGAUAAGAAAUGCGUUUCUGUGAAAACCCCAGUUAUACUUAACCAAGACUUUGAUAGAGUAUUUAUUUUGAAAGUUGCAAUUCUCCUUCUUAAAAUCGUUGUUUUCUCCGAGGCCGCUUUUACAUGGAAGGAUUGCGUUCCAUCAACGACAGCCCACCCCUAUGUCACAUUUACAUCAAUGUCGCUGUCACCUUCACCGGUAAUGUUUCCAGGGAAUGUUACUGUAGGUAUACAGGCCACGGUACAUCACCACUUUGGGAGUGAUGUCAAAAUAAGGGUUCACAUGGAUAAACUACUUCUUGGACAGUGGACUAACGUCCCCUGCAACAAUAAUUUUGGGUCAUGUAACUAUGACAACCCAUGUGAAUUUUUUUCCGCUUAUAAAAUCAUGGAAACCUGUCCAGCUCAGUUUGCAGCGCACGGUCUCCCCUGCACGUGCCCGUUUAAUCCCACCACCAUCAAUCUACCCCCGUCUGUGUUCGUAGAGCCUCACAUCGAUCCAAAGUGGUCGUUUAUUUUAACCGGUAAAUUCCGAGUAAAAGUCGAAAUGAUCCAUGGAGGUGACAUCGUUGGGUGCUUUGAAAUUGAGCUUGGCACCACACACCCCGGCGGUUUUUUGGCCUUCAGGUGA